GCCUACUCCUUUCUCCAUAUUGUGUACUGGCAUCGAAGCCAAAGAGAUGCCAUUUUGCUCGAGGGCACGGGCAAGGCCGGUCAGCUGCGGCCAUGUUAAUGCGGGGCAGUCCCAUCUCUCUGCGGGGCGCGAAAGCAAGGUCCUAGAAGAGAGAAACGGUUAAAGAAAAAGGUGAGAGGAGCUGUACAUCACACGAGGCCCCGAAGGACUCGGGUUAACGGGAUGAAGCCGUCAAUAUCCCCGGGGACGAAGCGGUCCCAGACGAAUUCCUGAGUCACCGUCGAGAGAAAGCGUUCUGAGCCGCCAUAUUGAAGCUGGGCAAACCGAAGCAAGAAAGGAUGCCAUGUUGGAUCUUUGCCAGCCUUGGUGCUGAGGGGGCUAGGUUGGAGAGAGAGCCCAUAUAUACAUUAUGGGCAAAUGAUGCCAGGCUGGUUGCCAUGUCAUUAACGGGCCCUGCUUUCCACCAGUUCUGUGGAAGAGGUUAUUAUGGGGGAGGGACGUUAGGUCGCUUGCAUUAGUAUACUGUGGUCCUGAGUGUGCGUGUGCAUUUUCCCCAUAUUUCUUGGGGAAAUGUUUCCGAGCAAGCUGAAGCUUUUUUUUCACCAUCUUUCUUAUGGGCACCCUGCCGUCGCCAUUGCUCCACUGUGAUCCGGCGAAGCCCCCGUGGCCGCCAUGUUGGUCUCGGGCAGCCGAGAUAAGGGAGGCGGAGUGUGCAGAGUGGAGGCGGGCCAACCAUGCGGAAGUGACGCAAGGCACCGCCAUGUCUUUUGAGGGCGGCGACGGUGCCGGGCCGGCCAUGCUGGCUACGGGCACGUGAGUGGAGGCGGCGUUGUGAACCGCGGUGUGGGGAGAAUUUGGCCGUCCGGAGGAGAGGGGUGCUGGGAGGGCGAGCCGCUCGCGGGAGGAGUAUAGCCAGCGUAGGUCAGAGGGCAGAAAUCGCCCAGUGACCCUACGCUGAGCGCUGGAAAGGUGUCGCCCGCGGGAACCGUCGUGUCUGACCCGAGGCAACGCUUAGACAGCCUUAUCCUCCGGUCUCUAGACCCACUAGGAUCUUUACUUUGGCCGUGGACCAUGUCCACAGGGUCGGGGGGUUACUCGGUGGGGCUUCGGGGCGCCCCUCACCCGUCCAAAGGCGGGACUUCCGGUCCUGGCCCCCACCUGGGCGGGCUUUCCUGUUUUCUUCCUAGAGAAGUAGGUCUUUCCCUGGACCCCCUGGCGAAAUGGGGAUUCUGAGCGGUAGAGAAAGACCCCGGACAUUCACCUGCCCCCGGCCACUGGGUGCAUCCUCGAGUUCCUCCCACCUUGGGGCGGGGGAGGGGUUUACUUCCAGUUUGACAGGUGGUGGGAGGGGACUUCGCUAGCAUCCCUCAUUCCUUAGGGGGCUUUUCCUCUUUCCUCAUCUCUUCCUGGAGUCACUUUCCUCACUUCAUCUCCUCACCUCAUCCUAAAAGGUCAAUCACCUUACCUGUCCCUUCCUCCUCCUGUGGAGGACAGGUCUUACCUCCCUCUCUCCCUAAUCUUAAACACUUCCAUUUGGGGGGAGGGAGGAUCUUCCAUCUCUAAGCUCCUUGGAAGAUACAGAACUUCCUCCGGAAGCUGAAGGAGUGGGAGACUCUCCUGUGGGGUACUUGGCUUGGCUACUCUCCUGUUGGUCCUGGCAACUCUCCUGUUGGGUAACCGACGCCAGAGAGCUCCCAAGCCUUGGCAGAGAGAGCUGCGUGAGUCACCCUUCUCCUCUUUGAGGUGUGUGGGACCCUCAUGACCCACUCACCCCCACUUCACUCUUUUCAGCUAUUCUAAGCUAUAGGAGUUUGAUCUACUCUUAGAGAUGUUGUCUAAGAAAGGAGUUGAAUCUUUGUCCCAAGGGAGUGAGAGCCCCCUGGCCUAGCACUACAAGGCUUUGUGACAUUGGACCAGUCAUUUCCCUGCCCUGAGCCUCAGUUUCCUCCAUCAGAUGGGGCUGACCCAAGGAGUGGCUGUGAGACCCUGUGCAGCUCCCAAUUCUGUUGGCUUUUGGAGUCAGGCAGACAGCAGUCUCACCCACUUCUGCCCUUUCUAGCUGUGUGCCUUCUGGUCAGUGCCUUAAGCUCUCUGAGCCUCAUUUUUCCCAUCUGGACUAGGAGAUCAUAAAUCUUUCCCCAUAAGGUAGGCAGGAUGGCAUUUGGGAUUAAGAGCAGGUUGCCAGAUCCAGGUCCCAGCUGUCCAUCUCUCUAGCUAAAUGACCCCGGGCAAGAUACUGAAUCUCCCCAGGCCUCCAUUUGCAACUGUAAAGUGGGGUGAUCAUAGCUCCUCCCUCACAGGGGUGGUGGGAGGGUGGAAUGAGAUUGUUGAUGACACCCUCGGGUCCCUGCCUAGCCUGUGGGAGGUGUGGUAUAAACCUGCUUCAGGGUCUGUCAGGACUGGUACUGGUUGUGCCUCACUGCAAGGGCUUUGUACUCGGUGAGCUUCAACUGUCUCAUAUGUAAGGUAACAGCUCCCACCUUUGUGGGUCAGGUAGGAGGGGAGAUGACAGGUGCAGAGCCCCUGCACAGAGUAGGUGCUUAGGAAACACUGGCUUCUAUGAUCUUGAGUCACAAAGGGCCUGCGAAUCGAAAUCAAACUUCUGUGACCCUAGAGGGCUAGAUCACAGCCCUGCUUGAAUCCCUGCAGUGAUGGGGAGCUUGCUGCCUCUCUGCGGAGGCUCCUCAGCGGCCCAGCAGGCCCAGCUCAACCACUGGUUUACAGGGAGAAGACAGGCACAGAGAAGGCCAUUCAGUGGUGCAAGGUCACACAGCCGUCAGGGCAGGAAGCCAGGCCCCUUGUCCCUUGUUCCUCUCACCUUGUAAGGAGAUGGAUCCAAGCAGACUGUCUGCUUAGGGCUGACCUGUCCUGGGGCCACAGAUCACUGACCUUGGGUUGCUCAUAUUCUGAUGGAGGAGGCAGCCAGAGGUACAGCUGUCACAAGCUCGUGUGACAUGAGCUAUAGUGGAGGUAGCCCAGGGCAUUGUGGGUCUAGGGAAGGCAUCUGAUCCCUACUGCGGGUCAGGGAAGACUUCCAGAGGACCUGCCGGAACAGUCUUGUAGGAAGUGCGAGAGCUUUGUGGGCAGAGGACAGCUGGCACCCCAUUUUCUGCUCGACCCCCGCUCUCUGAGACCUACCAUGUGCUGGGCAAGGCUGGUGUCUCAGAGAUGAAUCUGACGCCCACACUGGCUGGGGAAAUGGAUGUGGAUCCAGGCAGUGCUCCCCAGAGGGAUAUGUGCUAGAACGGGGGUCACUCAGACAUUGUGGGAGCUCACAGGUGGGGAGGGGCCAACCUGAGCUCUGGGUGAGUGCAGGAGUGACAAGUACAUGGAGGACAAGUGGUCCCGGUAGAGGGGGUCCACCUUGACUGAAGGAGCGUGUAAGGAUAUGAGGCCGGGGGCAGGCCCUCCAGCGCCGGGCUAAGGGGCUGUGACCUUGUCCUGGGGAUGCGGGGGAGGAGCAGAGGCAGCUGCAGGGGUAGAAGGACCCCCUGGGGGGCUGUGUGCCAGCUGGACUGGAGGCUGGGGCAAUGGUCCAGGGCAGCACCGUCCAUCAGAAAUAUGAUCUGAGCCACCUGUAUAAUUUCAAAUCUUGUAUGAGCCACAUUAAAAAAGUGGAAAGAAAACAGAUGACAUUCACUUUCAUCCUAUAUUUUAUUUAGUCAGCAUAAAUAAAUGUGAUCAUUUCAACAUUUAAUCAACUUCAGAUUGCUCAUGAGAUAGCUUACAUCCUACCUUUUUGUGCUAAGUCUUGCAAACCCCGUGUGGAUUUCACACUCAUGGCACCUCUCACUUUGGAUCAGUUACAGCUCAAGUGCUCCCUAGUCACGUGUAGCUGAUGGCUUCCAUGUUGGACAGGGCAGGGCCAAGAGGAGAGAGCUGGGCUGCGGGGAUGAGGGAUGGGGCUGGGGGGAAGAUGCGGAGUUCAGCUGGGAUCAGGUGGAGAGGAGAGGUGGGGGUGGAGACCAGGGACUGGUGGACACACGGGGCUGGGUGUGGACGGCGAAGUCAGCGAAGCCUCAGCCCACUGUGUCGUGCUCUGCCCCGCAGGGCGCGGAUGGCGUCGGGGCGCCCCGAGGAGCUGUGGGAGGCCGUGGUGGGGGCUGCUGAGCGCUUCCGGGCCCGGACGGGCACGGAGCUGGUGCUGCUGACGGCUGCGCCCCCCCCGCCCCCCCGUCCGGGCCCCUGCGCCUAUGCAGCCCACGGUCGAGGGGCCCUGGCCGAGGCUGCCCGCCGCUGCCUCCACGACAUCGCCCUGGCCCACCGGGCAGCCGCCACCGCCCGGCCCCCCAUGCCCCCACCAGCACCGCAGCCGCCUAGCCCUGCACGGAGCCCACCUCGGCCUACCCUGAACAGGGAGGAAGAUGAGGAGGAUGAGGACGAGCCAACGGAGACAGAGACCUCUGGGGAGCGGCUGGGUGUCAGCGAUAAUGGAGGACUCUUUGUGAUGGAUGAGGAUACCACGCUCCAGGACCUGCCCCCCUUCUGCGAGUCAGACCCUGAGAGCACGGACGAUGGCAGCCUGAGCGAGGAGACCCCCGCUGGGCCCCCAGCCUACUCAGUGCCCCCAGCCUCAGCCCUGCCCACACAGCAGUACGCCAAGUCCCUGCCCGUGUCCGUGCCCGUCUGGGCCUUCAAGGAGAAGAGGACAGAAGCUCGGUCAUCUGAUGAGGAGAACGGGCCGCCCUCCUCGCCGGACCUGGACCGUAUCGCGGCGAGCAUGCGCGCGCUGGUGUUGCGGGAGGCCGAGGACACUCAGGUCUUCGGGGACCUGCCGCGGCCACGGCUCAACACCAGCGACUUCCAGAAGCUGAAGCGGAAAUACUGAGGUCCAGGGAGCUUCCCGGCCCGGCGUCCGCCUCACCCCCACACUACACCCCUGCCCCGCCCCCGGGGCCCGCCAAUCCGAGUCAGAUCCGGGACCGGCCUCCCGGGCCACCAGGAUUGACCAGCCCCUGCCAACCCCCGCCGCCCUUCCAGCCCACGACCGCUCCCGCGCGGAUGAGCGAUGCCUGUGCAGUUUCCCGAUUGGGUCUGUUUUCUCUCUGCCCAGCGACAGAUUCUUUCUAUUAAGGGAUUGUCUCGCUCCCCGAUCGGGACGUGGCUAGUUGGCCAACUUCGUCGUUUUCCGCCUAGCAACAAGGGCUUUGCUCGCACGGCAUUGGCUCCAUUCCUGAAAGAGCACAGUCAAGCUCCAGGAUUGGGUAGUGGCCCUCGACUUCAGCACGGUGAAUGGGCAGCUCCUUCACUUGAUUGGCUCGAACACUGUAAAGGGCUUGACCAAUCUUCCGAGAGAGCCAUCACCCUUCCUGAGUUCCCCCGCCUGAUUGGUUCCACUUCUGGGGGCGUGGCCAACCCUCUUCCUGUGCCCAGGAUUGGCCUGUGGCCUUAAAUUUACGUUCUUUACACUACUGGGGCUGGGGUCGUCUUUUGCCGAAGUCCUGACAAUUGUCCCUCUGGCCCCCUCAGGGAUGGCCCGAUCCUGUUCCUGCGUUUGACACCCUCUCAUUGGUUUCAUCCCACAACAGCCUGCCAAUCAAACCCGUCCUUGCAUCCAGGACGUUACCAGCUCCCGCCCCUCUCCCCCCACCCCCACAGGUGCCUUAAAGGGCCCUCGUCCACCCAAGGUGGGGGGCAGGGGGCCUCACUCUCCGGCCCUGGUGUGGGGGAGAGAGUGGGGGGUCGGGAUCGGGAGUUGGGAGGGGCGCUCUGAGAUUAAAGAGUUUUACCUCUGACAAAUGAGUCUGAGGUGUGUUGUGGGUAUUCAUUUAACAUUUUCUGAAGCCAAAUUAGCAGCGUCUCAUUGCUUCUCAGUGCAACGCUGGGAAUUGGACUCGUCCCCAUUUUACGAACAAGAAAAGAGAGGUUCAUGGGGUGGGAGGAAGGAUUCCAUUCCUUCCUCGUAUGAUCGUGGAGUCCCAAUCUUCAGGGCUUUGAGUGUUGGGAUCGGAAUAGUUUAAUGAGUCAGUCUCCUGAGCCCACAUAGUGCCCAGGAAAGCCAGGAACCUCCAGCUGAGGCCGGGAGUUUUCUGACUAACGUAAGACAGCUGGAGGUUAGAGAACAAAUGGCUCCUGGUCCGAAGAUGUAAACGCGGAAUCCCCAUGUCCCAUCAGACCACCACCAAUGGAAUGCUAACAACAGACAAAACUUAGGGCAAACUAUCACUUAGACACUUUUAUAAGUUAUUUACAUGUACUAACUCAUUUAAUCUUCCUAGUAACCCCACAAAGUGGAAACGAUUAUCCCCACACUGUAGAUGAGAAAACUGCAGCAUCCAGGGUAGGGUUGCUGUCGGGGCGGGGUUUCUUCGACUGACAAUAAUCGUAACGAGAAUCUCCUCCCGCUAUAACUGUCUCCGGCAAAGGGAAUGAAAAUUAGAGUUCAACGUGGAAAGAGGAAAAAAUGUGUGAACAGGGAGUCUACCCCCCCUACUGGCCUGCGUCUCAUACUGCAUCAGGAGAGACGAAGGUCAGACCAGCGGAGGGACCUUAGGAGCACUGUGUCUGGGAAAGGGCGGGGCUUACGGCAGGCGGAGCCAAAUGCCCCGCCCACUUUGAUAGGACGAGCCAUUUCCGUCCGCGGAGAAACAGAGGCAGCAGCCGGCCGAGUUGCGAGCAGAGCGCCUCCGGCAGGCCCUCCCUGGUCGGAAGCGGCGAGUGAGCCAAGCGGCGGGCAAGGGCCGGCUCCCAGGAUGGCCAGGGUGGAGGCCCAGGGCCGCCUGUGGCUGGAGAGCCCCCCUGGGGGAGCGCCUCCCAUCUUCCUGCCCUUGGGUGGGCAAGCCCUGGUGCUGGGCCGAGGA